UCAUCAUAUUUUACGCAAAAAAGAAGACCAGAGGCGCAGCAUAAUGCACAAAAACCAGAGCAAUCGGCGACUACCAGAGGUGCAGCGCAGUCGGCGACUACUGCCGCUGCCGCUCUCUGCCGGACGCCCGCCGAUCGCGAGACGCCACCACCGUGCCACCGCUGACACCACCGCGCCUGUCGCCCUCUGCCGGACGUCUACCGAUCUAUCGCCCGACGCACAGGCCGUCAUCGAACCAGCAGAUCGGAUCCGCCAUCGCCACCAGCCCUCUGCCGGAGGGCUGUGCGAUCUCUAACCGUCGCCGCCGGACUUGCAGGAACGCAAAGGCGACGCAGGGCCGCCGCUGCCAGGAGCCUCCAUCCGCCAUCGCCGCCCGACUCACAGGAACGCAUAGGCGACACAGGGCCGCUCGUUGCCGGCGUUCCGAUAUCCUCUUCGACGCGAACCUUCGGCGGAGCGAUGACGAUCCCGGGGCGUAGAUCGAAGGCGGAAAUAGGCCAAAACAGUAGGAAAGCCGCUAGUUUGUAGGAUCGUGGUCCACAUUAUAACGACUGCUAGGAUGGUGCAUCUUCUAGACGCUUCUCUUUCUCUUUCUCUCCCUCUCCUAUCAUGGACGACAGCCAAGUCCCUUCCACCGAAGACGUCGACAGCCAAGUCCCUUCCACCGAAGACGUCGACAGCCAAGUCCCUUCCACCGAAGACGUCGACAGCCAAGUCACUUCCACCGAAGAGGUGGCGCAGUUGAAGCAGACAGUGGAAAAGUUGCAGAACAGGGUUGAUGAACUGAAUAAGGCUUUCAAAGCGCAAUUGGAUGUCUACUACGAUGUGCUUGAGACUCAUAAAAAGGUUUGCGAAGAUAAUCUGGCGUUGAAAAUGGGCUUCAACAAGGCCACCUUUCUGUACAUGCGCAAGGAGAGGAAGCUGAGGGAGCUGAUAAAGGAGCUUGGGACGGACCAUUUGGGAAGAACCAAAUCCGUCUAGGAUAUCCAAACCCGUCUAGGAUUUGGAUCUUUCAGUCCUUGGAUCUGUUCUAGAUUCAUUUUGCUUGUCUUGUAAGAACUAUCCUCGUUUGAGAACACUGGAUUUGCUUUGUUAAUCAUUUGCUUAUUGAAAAUAUAUGACCAUUCUCUUCUCUUCUCUUC